AUGACUUCGGUCCGAGCAGCACUGCUAUCUAUCAUAAUCGUAGCUGUACACGUCUUCGUCCCUGUUUCCGGUGUGAAGAAAUAUGUAUUCAGUCUGCAUCAAGACGGAUUCAUCAUCUCAAUCAAUAAUGUUACGAUUUUUCAACAUUCGAUCAAGAAUCCAAUGGUAUACGUAGGAGAGGGACGAACUAAUUUCCUGGGCGGACUAGGGAACUUUCAUAUUGAAAAUGUGAUACAGGAUCGAAUUCCUCUCCGGAGAUUUGAAAAUAUUUCGACACCGGAUAAGGAUUAUGUGCUGUUGUCGUAUGGCGAUAACGAGUUCAGGUGUAACAUAACGUUCGAGUCCACAACAGACAACGAUAUCGUCAUGUCCACUGAGGAUGUGGGGUCGACUUCGUAUCAGUUUUUUUGGAUGAGGGUAUUUGCGUCACAAAACGAGAUGGUGUUCGGAGGCGGGGAACAGUUUUCUCAUUUUAACCUUCGGGAGAGGACCUACACCCCACCAGAGGUUGUGACGGUCCUGCGUGCGGAUGAUCUUAAAUAUCCAAUCUGGACCAGAGAACAGGGUGUCGGAAGGGACAAAAGCAACCUUGUUACGUAUUACGCGGACCUGAAGACGGGAGGAGGCGGUGCCUUCCACACAACAUACUACCCUCAGCCGUCCUUCGUGAGCGACCGCUUGUACUACCUUCACUACACCGAUACAAACUACAUGAUGCUUGACUUUAGCGCACCCACCUACCACGAAAUCUUCAUCAAGGGCAUAGUAGGAAAAUUCUACUUCAAGGCAGCAAACAGCAUGCUUUCUCUGGUGCAGUCUUUGUCUCAGUUUCAGGGCCGCAUGCCGAUGCUUCCUGAUUGGGUGACAUCAGGCAUCACGAUCGGGGUCCAGGGAGGAACAGAUACGAUGUUAGCGAGACUCAAGACGGUUCAGGAUGCCGGUGUACAGGUUAAUGGGCUUUGGAUUCAGGACUGGUCCGGAGAUAUUCACACUUCAUUCGGGAAGAGAGUGUUCUGGAACUGGAAACUCAACACCACGCUGUACAACAAGUGGAACGAGACCAUCACUGAUCUGAAGAAACAAGGCAUCCGGGUUCUGGCUUAUGUUAACCCAAACCUCAACAAAGAUGGAGACUUAUUUCAAGAGGCAGAUAGUAAAGGUUACUUUAUCAAGGAUCCACGGACGAGUAAAACCCUUCUCACCAAUUUUGGGGAGUUUUACUGUGGCUCUAUAGAUUUCACUAACCCAUCCGCCUUUUCUUGGUACAAAAAUACGAUCCUGAAGCAGAACAUGAUCGAUAUCGGUCUGGGAGGAUGGAUGGCAGAUUUUGGAGAGUACCUUCCAACUACGGCCAAGUUUACGCUUGGAAUUGGGGAAGUUCUUCACAACGCAUGGCCGCUCUACUGGGGUCGAAUGAAUAAAGAGGCAGUGCACGAAUCUGGCAAGGAGGGCGAGGUCAUAUUCUUCAUGAGAUCAGGAUACUCAGGUAUCUCUAAUUACACGACGUUGAUGUGGGCGGGAGAUCAGAAUGUGAACUUCGAUACUGCCGAUGGCCUACCGUCCACUGUCGUUGCUGCUCUAUCUUCCGGAAUCUCUGGUAUAGGUAUGACUCACUUUGAUAUCGGAGGAUACACCACGUUUGCCAGUAUGGGGCUUAAGCGGACACCUGAGCUACUAAUCCGGUCAGGAGAAAUGGCCGUCUUCACGCCAUACAUGCGUACGCAUGAAGGUAACCAGCCUGAGGCGAACGUACAAGUGUACUCAAACACAUACUUGCUGCAGCACUUUGCGCGCCUGUCCAAAGCACACAGCAUUCUUGCCAACUACACGCGAGCGGCCAUCGCAGAGUACGUGAAGAACGGGACACCAGUACAGCGUCCUAUGUUCUUUGCAGAUCUUACACCAGAGAGCUUUGGUGCGAAGUAUCAAUACAUGUAUGGUUCCGACCUCGUGGUGGCCCCAAUACUAACCCAGGGGGCCACUCAAGGGGAUUGUUAUCUACCACAAGGAACAUGGAUCCAUUUAUGGGAUGGAGGUGAAUACGCCGGGCACGAAACAUACAAAAAUUUUUCUGCGCCCUUAGGGAAGCCACUGGUAUUUUACAAUAUUGAGAGUGCCUUUAAAAGUAUAUUUGAGACCAUCCAUCAGUUGCCGGCCCCACCAGCUCCCCCUGUCAUCCCCCUCACUACUACCCCUUCACCAGGUCCCUGUGUCAACAAAGCGACAACAUCCGAUUCAGAUGUGUGGUUGAACUUGCUGAUUGUCUUUAUCAUUAGUCAUUACUAUUUGAACAGUGUAUAG